CAUAGUACGUUUUAGCAGGACAGUUGAAUUUAAGGCCUGCUAAAAAAGCUUAUAGUAAGCCUGCUGUACUUAUUUUGUGACUAUACUGUGCGCAUAGACUUAGAAUAAAUAAUAUUGCGAUAGAAUCUUUAGAAAGAAUAAAAUUUCUAUCCCUUUUUAAUCUGUGAAAUUAUUAUUUAUUAACAUAAUUUUUAACUUCUUGAUUUUUAUAUUUAUCAUAAAAUAUUUACUAAAAUGGUUUUAUCGAAAUUAUAAUUUUAAUGAUUUUAUUGAGAUCGUUUACAAGAUACCACUAUUAUAAAAAAUCUUUAAUAACAAAGCGGUACAAUUAUUUUUCAAUGAUGUCCAAUACUACGAGUGAAGACGACAUUACAUGGAGCGGUGUUCCGAUUUCUGAAAUAUUAGGCUCCCAAUCACCUUGGGAUGCCCCGGAGUUUCCUCUGGUGUCCCCAUCGUAUAAUCAUGCGGUGUUAUAUCAUGUAUCAAGUGAUGGUAGCAUACCCACUGACAAACCACCCAAACCACAUGUUGGUCAAGACAAAUGGGACCAAGAUCAUGUGAGGAUGCCAUGCUCCAGCCACAGUUUAUAUCCUGUUGAAGAUAAGAAUGGUAAGUCACGGUUAAAGAAAAGAUGGGAGUUAAUUCAACAUGCUUUAUGGAAGCCAAUACGCAAUAGUGAGCAACUAACCAAUGCUAUAUUGUCAUAUAAUACUAAGUUUAAAACUAUUUGGAAAUUCCGGGCUUUACACAAAUUUUUCAAUGAAUACUUAGAAGAGGAAGAAACCCAGUACUUUUUUGAUGUAACUUUGCCGGAAAUAGCAAAACUGGUGUUGGCAUUACCAAAACUAAUACAAGCACCCAUACCUUUACUGAAGCAGAACAUGAACCACUCAGUGUCCUUAUCUCAGCAACAGAUCUCCAGUUUAUUGGCGAACGCAUUUUUCUGUACAUUCCCACGGCGGAAUACUUCCAAGAGGGCCUCCGAGUAUGCCUCAUACCCGCAUAUCAACUUUAGUUCGUUAUAUGAAACUACUCCUUUGGACUCUGUUUUGGAGAAGCUCAAAUGCAUCUGUCACUAUUUCAAAAGAGUCACUGAAAAAGUGCCGAGCGGCGUGAUGACGGUGGUGCGGCGCGCGGUGGCACGUCCGCAGCUGCCCGACUGGUCCAGCUCGCAGCAGCUGGUCGCCGUGCCGCUGCAUGUCGACAGCGCCGCCACUAUCGAGGACAUGCACGGCCUCAUACAGCUCGACUUUGCUAACAAAUACCUCGGCGGCGGCGUGUUAGGCUAUGGCUGUGUACAAGAGGAGAUUAGAUUCGUCAUAUGUCCGGAGCUACUCAUUUCCAUGCUCUUUACGGAAAUGCUAUUAUCCAAUGAAGCUGUGAUUAUGAUUGGGUGCGAGCGGUUCAGCUCGUACACGGGGUACGGCAGCUCGUUCCGCUGGGCGGGCGCCCACCGCGACCGCACGCCGCGGGACGGCAGCGGCCGCCGCCGCGCCGCCGUGCUGGCCGUCGACGCGCUGCCGCAUGCUAGCCUCGCCAGCGAGCUGCGACCCGCCGCCAUCCUGCGGGAUCUUAACAAGGCGUGGGUGGGGUUCUCGUUCAAUACGUGCGAGGAGGGCGGCGGCGCGCUGCAGCGGCCGGGCGUGGCGACGGGCAACUGGGGCUGCGGCGCGUUCGGCGGCUCGGCGCCGCUGAAGGCGCUGCUGCAGCUGGCCGCCGCCGGCCGCGCGCGCCGCCCGCUCGCCUACUGCAGCUACGGCGACCGCGCGCUGCGCCGCCGCCUCGCCGCGCUGCACCAGCGCCUGCGCCGCGCCCGCGCCACCGUCGGACAGCUGUAUAACUACAUCUUAAAAUUUGCACGCACCGCCGACGCGGACAUGGCGAAUUUGUACGACUUUAUCGAGCGUACGAUUGAGGAGGACCAGAAUGGAAUGAAAAGCAGUACAGAAAGUGUGAUUGACCUGGGCAAAUUGGAACAACCAGAACUGUCAAGUUCGUUAGAAAAGGAAUUUCUAAACAAUUCAUCCGACUUGUUCUCACAGGACGAAGCGGAUCAGAGUUUAGACGAGUCUAAGUCGAAUCAAAUGGAUGUAAGCGUAAAAGGUUCUGAACCUAGUACGAGUGAUUGUAGAACGGUGUCAUGUGACAACAAAAUGGCGGUUGACGAAAACAAAAUGGUGGCUAGCGACAACAAAAUAUCAGCUAGCAACAACAAAAUGGCGACUAACAAACGCGAAAUGGCGGCGAGUACUUCGAGUAGCACGUCUCGAUUAUUUGAUGAAAUGGAGAAGUUUGAUGAAAACAAUGGUAGGUUAAAUUUAACCGACUCACACAUAAGAACAUUUAACCAAAGUGCUAAUAGUGGAUUAAAUGAUAUGGACAUAUCAAUGGAUUGCGAGGAGAAAAUACAAUUGGAUAUAUCAGUAGAAGCGAAAAAGAAGAUAAGUAAGAAAAUUACGGAUUACUUUAGUAAAAAAACCAUUUGAUGAAUUUGUGAAAUAAUAAAUUAUUUUACUUUA